ACAAACCGGCACCAGAGAGUAAUAGCGAAGAAGGGAACGAUCUACUGUCACUGUCUACGACGACGACGACGGAGAGCUGAGCAGAGAAGAAGGAGAACGCGCCGGCGAUGGCGGUCGGGAUAGGUUUUAGGCGUAGGCUUGAUUUUCUGCUGUUGGUAAUUGCGAUUCUCUCGGCGCCUGUACUUUCUGAUCUGAUCCUCUCCAAAGUCGAACGACAGAUUGAUUUGACCUCACAGAUCGCACGCAUCUCCUCUACAAUCAAAGCGGAGAAUGACGGCUCAAGUUCGGUUUCGGAGAUUCUGCUGGCCAUCCCUGAGCUCCAGGCUAAGAAUCUGGCGUAUUUGACUGCUAGAGUCAUUGAAGGGAAAGGGAAAGCGAGAACUUCUGGUUUAGCUCUUACGGUUGAGCCUGCCAAUCCUAAAGGGAUGCCGCCAGCUCUGAGUUUCUACUCGAUAGUACUGCCCAAGCCUUUGGCUAAUGGCGAUAGUGUGACCUUGGAUGUCUUGGCUGCAUUUACCCACAGCUUGAGGCCAUUUCCCGAGAAGAUCACUCAGGCUGACAUUCACCUGGUGUUGUUCCAAGAUACUGGACACUAUCUCUCUCCUUAUCCAGUCAAGGUUCAAUCCCUCGCUGUGAAACUGCCCCAGGCUAGGAUUGAGUCAUACACGAAGCUCGAUAACACAAAGACUCUUGGCUCGGAGAUCAAAUAUGGCCCGUAUGAGAACCUCCCGCCAUUCUCAUAUUCUCCAAUCGCCAUACAUUUCGAAGCCAACCAAGCAUUUGCUGUUGCUCGGGAGCUAGUGAGAGAGAUCGAGAUCUCCCACUGGGGGAAUGUGCAAGUCACCGAGCAUUAUGACAUUGUCCAUGGAGGUGCCAUGAGCAAGGGUGAAUUUUCCAGGCUUGACUACCAGUCCAAACCCCAAAUUCGUGGUGCAUCAGCCUUUAAGCAUCUUGUUGCUAAACUGCCUCCCAGGGCUCAUUCUAUCUAUUAUAGGGAUGCGAUUGGAAACAUAUCCACAUCCCAUGUGAGGGGGGACUCAAAGAAGACAGAAAUUCUUAUUGAGCCUAGAUAUCCAUUAUUUGGUGGUUGGAGGACUGCAUUCACUAUAGGAUAUGGUUUGCCGCUUCACGAUUUUGUGUUCGAGUCAGAGGGGAAACGUUUCUUGAACAUCUCCUUUGGUUCCCCUAUGCAUGACAUCGUGACAGAUAGCAUCACUUUGAAGGUUGUGUUGCCAGAAGGAUCCAAGUAUUUCUCUGUUUCUACUCCAUUUGCUGUCCAACAGGAGGAAGAGAUAAAAAUGUCUCAUCUAGAUAUUUUUGGCCGACCUGUUGUUGUGCUGAAAAAGGCUAAUGUUGUGCCAGAGCAUAAUCAGUUUUUCCAGGUCUAUUACAAGUUCAAUGCACUUGCAAUGCUGAUGGAGCCAUUUAUGUUGAUAACUGGAAUCUUCUUCCUUUUUGUCACUUGCAUAGUUUAUGUGCAUGUUGACUUAUCAAUCUCCAAGUCUUCAGCUUCAUAUUUAGCAAAAUUGCAGUGGGAUGAGGUGAGAGCAACAGUGCAGCAGAUUCAAAAUAUCAUCAACCAGUGUCUAUCCACACACGAAAAGCUAGAAGCAUCACUACGUGACCUCUCCAGAACUGGAGAUGUUCAAGCUUGUAAAGCCGCUCGCAAGGCAGCUGAUGGCUUGUUGAAGGAGCUGUCGAAAGAGCUGAAGCCCUUGAUCGCAUUCUUGCAAUCUACACCUCCUGCUGCUCAUAUUUUGCCCAAGGUAGAGGAGCUGGUAGCAAAGGAGAGGGAAUUGCAGGAGAGGCUGAUGGCCAAGCACUCAACCAUAGUCGAUUCCUACGAGAAGAAGCUUGGAGGAAAGGAAACCGAGAACCGGGUUGCUUCCGUGCAACAGAAGAUUGUAGCUUUGAGACAGGACAUUGAAGAUCUGAUGGAAUACAUCGAUGAAAUAUAAAAGGUCGGUUGCAGGAUCGAAUAGAAUGCCCAAGUUUUGGUAGACUGGCACUGCAGAAUUAUGCUAGGAAUUUGUAUUAGACGUUUCCUCUACUAGUUGUGAACUUUUAUAGCUAUUAGAAGAAGAGGGCGUUGACGGUUGUUAAGAAUUUCAGUCCUUCAGCUGUAACCAACAUUGAACGAUAGCAUGGGAUUGAAAUGGCUUCCAUAAUUUAUUAUCUAUAGAAUGGAAGUGCUCCGACUGGAACCUAACUAACGGCCAGAGAGGCAUUCUUCGAUUGGG